AUGCCACCUACCACCCGGAAAGGAUCAGCAACUCUGAAGCAGCUGAGGGUUCAGUUGGACGACCUCAAAUCCUCAUUCGAUGACAUCUGGUCUUUUAUCCAGAAGUUUUCUGAUAGUAACACUGCUACUCAGGUAGAAAUUCGAUUGUCAAGGAUUGAUGACUUGUGGGAGAGAUUUAGCGAGAGCUUGGUUGAGCUAAAAUCUCAGGAUGAUUUUGAGGAUGAAGAGGGUUACUAUGGGAAGCUACGCAAGCAUUUGAGCGAUCGUUAUUAUGAGGCUAAAACCUUCCUAUUGGAUAAGAGCAAGGAGCUUCGUGUUUCGCCGGAGUUAGAACAGUCCUCCCAUGAACAUUCAAUAUCAGGUGUUGUCGAUCACGUCCGGUUACCACAAAUUCAACUCCAGACGUUCAACGGUGACAUUGAAGACUGGUUGAGUUUUCGGGACUUGUUCACCUCAUUGAUUCAUUGGAGAACCGACUUGCCCGAGGUGGAGAAGUUCCAUUACCUCAAAGGGUGUCUUCAAGGGGAGCCGAAAAACCUGAUUGACUCGUUGAAGAUUACCAAGACCAAUUAUCAAAUCGCUUGGGGCACACUGUUGAAGCGAUACAACAACAACAAGUUGCUGAAGAAGAAGCAAGUCCAAUCAUUAUUGAAGCUUCCGACCCUAAGUAAGGAAUCCGUAUCCGAACUGCGCAACUUUGUUGAAAGCUUCGAACGUAACAUUCAAACCCUCGAUCAGAUCAUCGAACCAGCGGACUACAAACCUGUUGCUGAAUGUUCGGCCUCCAAGGAACAAGAUUCGCUGGAGGAGCUCACGGAAUUCCUUCGUAAGCGGAUCCAAGUACUGGAAUCACUCCCUCCAAGGCAAGCAGACUCCAAGGGCGUCCACAACCAACAAACGGCUCCAAAACCCAAAUUUCCAGCGCUGAAGGCCAGUUACAAUUCCGUUCAAUCGAGCGGGGGAAGAUGUGUGGCUUGUGAGGACAACCACCUUCUAUAUCAAUGCUCCGCAUUCCAACGACUAUCCGUGGCGGACAGGGACUCACUAUUGAAAUCCAACGGACUCUGCCGAAAUUGCUUCCGAUCCGGUCAUCAGGCAAAGGAUUGCCAAUCCAAGUUCUCCUGUCGGAAGUGUAAUCGUCGGCACCAUACCCUAGUGUGCUUCCAACCGGAGAAGGGCGCUACCAUGGCCGCAGCAGCUGCUGGGAGGAAUAAUCUCUCAAACUCUCAAGGUUCCAAGAGCUCCAAUUCGAAUCAACCGGCUAGCGGGGCGACCACGAACACCACGACAUGCAAUGUGGCUCAGAAGAUUUCAUCGCCAGUUCUACUAGCGACUGCGGUGGUCAUCGUCGAGGACGACUUUGGUACAAGGUUCAACGCUAGAGCUCUUCUGGACUCUGGCGCUGAAAGUAACUUCGUUUCGGAGCGACUGAGCCAACGAAUGAAAUUAUCCAGAGAAAGGGUCGACAUUUCAGUUCUUGGUAUAGGGCAGACAACCAGCAAAGCCAAGUACCAGGUUCAAAUGAUGGUUCGCUCGCGAGUUUCGGAAUAUUCGCGGGAUAUGAGCUUCCUAGUAUUACCCAAGGUUACCGUGAAUUUGCCCACAACCCCAAUCAACAUGGAAGGAUGGAAGUUACCGGAUGGAAUCCAAUUGGCGGAUCCAGCUUUCUUCCAAUCCAAGGGAGUCGACAUCAUCCUAGGCAUCGAGAAUUUCUUCGAGUUCUUCGAAACUGGGCGAAGACUUUCUAUCGAGAACCAUCUCCCAAACCUCGCGGAAUCGGUAUUCGGAUGGGUAGCCAAUGGUGGCUGCUCAACACCAAGCAGAUCCACUCAAAUCAGCUGCCAUUUCUCAGCCACUAUGGAACUGGAGAAGCUGAUGGAACGGUUCUGGUUAUGCGAAGAAGUAGAAUUCUCCAAUUCCUUUUCUCCAGAAGAAAAACUCUGUGAGGAGCUGUUCCAACGUGGGGUCCAAAGAGGUUCGGACGGUCGGUACACUGUUCCCUUACCAAAAAAUGAAGAGGUUCUUCCAACUCUUGGCGAGUCACGGGACAUCGCAUUCCGACGUCUUCUUGGAACAGAACGACGGUUGGCAAGGGAUUCCAAUUUACGGGAACAGUACGUCGCGUUCAUGGAUGAAUACCUGAAAUUGGGGCACAUGCGAAGGGUCGAAGACGUCGCAACGGAGUCAACCAAACGGUGUUAUCUACCUCAUCAUCCGGUGGUCAAGGAGGCGAGUACCACCACCAAGCUCAGGGUUGUCUUCGACGCCUCAUGCAAGACAUCAUCCGGAGUGUCCUUGAACGAUGUGCUUCUGGUGGGACCAGUUGUGCAGGAGGAUAUGAGAGCAAUCAUUCUACGGAGCCGGACAAAGCAGAUUCUCCUCGUAUCGGAUGUUGAGAAAAUGUUUCGGCAGAUCCUUACUUCGUCAGUGGAUCGACCACUACAGUCGAUACUCCUCCGGUUUUCACCCGACGAGGACGUUACGGUAUACGAGCUAGAAACCGUCACGUAUGGAACCAAACCCGCUCCCUUUCUAGCAACUCGUACUCUUCAGCAGCUGGCAGCUGAUGAAGAAAUCCGUUUUCCGCUCGCAUCAAGAGCAAUACGUGAGGACGUCUAUAUGGACGACGUAAUCACUGGCACGGAUGAGUUAGACGUAGCUAUAUCUCUCAGAUCUCAACUAACGGAGAUGAUGGAAUGCGGUGGUUUCAAGCUCAGGAAAUGGUCCUGCAAUAUUCCCGCAGUUUUGGAAGGCGUGUCUACAGAGAAUCUGGCUAUUCCUGAUAAUACUGGAAUCAACUUGGAUCCCAACCAGUCUGUCAAAACAUUGGGCUUGACAUGGAUGCCUAUCACCGAUACCCUGCGAUUCCAGUUCGAAGUUCCGCAGUUAGAUCCUGAUGUCCCAUUAACGAAACGCCGUAUCCUAUCAAUAAUCGCUACGUUAUUCGAUCCGCUUGGCCUGAUCGGUGCCACGACAGCAGCUGCCAAAAUAUUGAUGCAGCACCUGUGGACGUUAGAGGACAGGAACGGCAACCGAUUGGAUUGGGAUCAAUCAGUACCACCAACGGUGGGGCGCCAUCAGCAGCAACACACGGGCGGUAUUAAGCCAACCGGUACUUCCCAAUCAGUGUUGGAGUCGGCGGAUAAUCUCCACUGCCAAACAUCGAAGGAGGAGGAAAAGCUCUUGGUAAAAGAGGCGGCAAGCGUCAUCGCAAAGUUCUUCGAGAUAACCACCAUCCGUCGUCUGGCUCGCUGUGGUGGUGUCAAACGUAUCUCCGGUCUGAUCUACGAGAAAACACAAGGUGUGCUGCAGGUGUUCCUGGAAAAUGUGAUCCGUGAUGCUGUCACCAACUCUUAA